UGGUGGAUAAAUAAUUGGAGACAGCGAAUAUCUUUGAGGUCGACUCGGUGGGAAUGUGGGAUUGGUGUCAAUUUCGUUUGGAGCGGUCGAUUCUAGGGUUUUUGAAACUAAAAUUUGUGGGUUUCAGGAAACGAUUCUAGGGUUUUUUGGGAACCAUUCCGAAUCGAUCCUUACCAGUUCCGGCCAUUCCGAGUUUAGAAUCCUUGGAUGCAAAAUAGGGUUUAUCUUUUUUCAUUUUUACCAUGUUCUCUGUAGUCUGAGAUUAAAUUACUCAAGAAAUGAACACAGUAGUUAUUUUCCUCUGAUACCUGUAGUGGUGAGAAAGGGUAAGCUGAACAAGACGGCUGUCGGAGCUCUAACUUAUUGUCUUUUUCCAGGUGAACGGAGCUCCGAUCUGCUCUUGCUAUUACGUCAGUGCCUGGCGGAGAAACGGUCUGUCAAGACUCAAGAAUGAAGUUUGUUUUUUACAGUAUUCAUGGUCCUUCAUCCAGUUUACGAGCAUGUCGUGACUGCUGCUCUUCAUUAUAUAUCUUACUGGGUGGUUCCAGAGAUGAUGUUGUUCUCGAGUAGAAUCAGGGUUUGCAACUGGCGACCUUGCUGGUCUCAAACAGAGCUUUACUUGGUGCUAGAAGCUUGACAGGCCAGGUUGGUUUUGAGAUCAAGAGCUUUACCUUCUUGUGCUGGCACUUCUUAGCAUAAAGCCAGGCUGAGCAAGGAUUCGGCUGGCAUAGCAUAUGUCGUUUAGUGGUAAGUUGAGGUCUGAAAAAGAAGCUGAACAGGAGGGAUGGAUACACAAGAAAAUAACAACCCUCCUAGACAGUUGGUUGAAGCAUCCUUGAAUGACCAGCGAUUCUUGAUCAACUUCAUCAUGGGAACUUUCUUGGGCCCUGAUGUCAAAACUGAUAUCCCUAGGCGGUCGGCUGCCCAAAGAAUUGCCGAAGGUCUGCCCCCAUACAGUUUGAAUGACUUGGGCUCUUCGUUUGUUAGUCUUCCUCAAGUAGAAAAUUUAUACUACUACAUUUCGCAGCAUGCACACCCAAGUGCAGUAUUAAAACUUCACUCAUUAUACUUAUAUUUCAAGGGUCAAUUAUCUUCUCCGACGUCUGAAUUGCUUGAAGAUGCCCGGCAAUUUACAAGUUUCUUCCCUCUGAAUCUUCAUAAGCAGACAAGGCACAAGGGUAGCCAUAAGGUCAAUGGAACCGUUCUGAUUGAUAACCCUGAUACUUCAUACAUUAGAUUAGAGGAUCUGGAAAGGUUCAGGCAUUUAACUGGCAUGUAUGAUAUUAAGAUCAAUAUGGGAGAAUUCCAAUUACACCCCCAGGGGUAUUGGACAGACAAAGAAGAAAGUGACCAGGACAAGAUGACUAAGGAAACAGCAAUAAAGAAGGUUCUCAGUGGAAGUGCUAGUGCCACUGCAAAACAUCAAGUUGGAAUGAAGAAAAGGAUCCAUACUGAUCCCUUCCAAAUGGAAGCACUGCCCCAACUUUUUCCUACACCCAUACAAGCUCAUCCAAUGGAAGGAACUUUUUCUACAAGGACCUGUGAGUUGGGUGGGCCUUCCAUGGUGUCACUUUUCUCCAGUCCUAAGUUGGAACAAUGGAACUCAAAUUCCUCUAUCAUUUUAACAGGAACUGCGAAAGAAGGGAGAGCUGGACCACCUGUUGGUCUUGUUGACAUAGGAAUGAGUAGGGAUGCAUAUCUUUUUAGAGUCGCUCUGCCUGGUGUCAAGAAAGAUCAAGAAAAGAAGAAAAAGGUCAUCUUUGGUCCACAAAGGAACACAUAUAGCCUUUCUAAUCUGAUCCUUCUUAGAUCAAAGUCACAGCGGUUGCUGCUAUUCAAUGUGAUUUUAUAUAGGAAAUCUGUGGCAAACCGGAUCCCUAUAUUGUUUUGUUGAUUCAAGCAAAGGAAGAGAGGUCAAUGGCAAUCUUAUGUACAACAAAAUUCAACAUGGUCAUGGAGAUCUAUGGGUCUGAUUUAUAGGGGGAAAGCAGCAAAAGAUUCCCAUGACAUUGAUGGAAGAUUUAACACCCCAAAAAAAAGGGGUGGGGGGUUGGUGGCAAAGAAUAGAAGUUUGAAGUAGAAGCAGGAGACCUUCGUGUUCUUUAGGGUUUGUAUUGAGUGGUCAAAACUUGUCCAUUGCAUGGUUGUGGUGUCGUUUGAAAGGUUAUUAAUCUCAUGCACAGAAUCCAACAUGAUUGGAUUAGUGGAUCGCCCAUUUUAUAGCUUUAUUGUGGACUGUCAGAGGAAGAUAAAGGGAAUCUUUUUUUUUUUUCUAUAGUUUCUUUGUCGAGGAAAAAUUGCUGAAGAAGUUUCUGGCAAAGAUGUGUAGAGAGAGGGAUGAUUAAAAUGGGGUUUGGAGGAUGAGUGGAGGGAUAGGAGAUUUUAGGUAGGUUUAUUCUCUUG